AUGUCAGAAGAAAAAAAACCAUUUUGUUUAUCUACAAAACCAAAUGAAGAUUCACCUCUCCUUAAUUCUGACAAAUUUCUAGAAGAUUUCAAUCUUUUAAAUGUAGAAUUGACCACAAAGGAGGCAUUUUUAAGUUUCUUACAUGAUCAUAAAAAUGACAAUAUCGUAGCAAUUUACGGAGGUUUCCCACAAUUCACUUCAAUCGGCGGGUUAACUAAAGAAAUUAUUGAACAUGAAGAUUUCCCUCAGUGUACUUUGAAAUGUAUCGUUCUUUGUUCAAGGGGUUAUAAUAUGAUUGAUAUAAAGACUUUAAAGAAAUUCGGUAUCCAAUUGUAUAAUUAUCAAGAUGAAGUUGAUGAGUCUAUAGCCAUUGAAACUUUCAAAGUUGGUCAAGUUGGAAAUGACGUUGCUGAUUGUGCAAUGUGGCAUGUCUUGGAAGGAUUUAGGAAGUUCUCUUAUCAACAGUCAAUUAUUAGAAAAUUGGGGAAUACUAAUGAAACAAGAGCAAAUAUUGCUAACAAAACUGGUUAUGUCUUCGGCCAUGAAUAUUUACGUGGUCAAUCUAUCAGAUCUCCAAGGGGGAAGAAAUGCUUAGUCUUGGGAUUAGGUUCUAUUGGUAAACAUGUUGCAUUAAAAUUACAAGAUGGGUUAGGAAUGGAUAUACAUUAUUGUAAAAGAACUGAAGACUUGCAAGUGAAGGAGAAAUACGGUUGGAAAUUCCAUCCUUUGGAUGAUUCUUUAUAUAGUCAACUUUUCCAAUUCAAAGCCAUUGUUGUUGCUUUGCCUGGUACAGCUGAGACAAAACAUUUAAUUAAUGAAAAAUUCUUAGCUCAUUGUGAUGGCCCUGAAUUAGUAUUGGUUAAUUUAGGAAGAGGUCAAAUUCUUGAUAUUGAUGCGGUCACAACAGCGUUCGAAGAAGGCCAAUUAAGACACUUUGGCGGUGACGUAUUUUAUGAAGAGCCUAAAGUGAAUAGCGAUGUUCUCAAAAUGGAAGAUACUACUUCAGUAACACCUCACGUCGCUAGUGCCACUGUAGAAGUGUUUGAACAAGCUUGCGAACUGGCUUUAACUAAUAUCAUUAGAUCAAUUACUGAAGAAGACAAUGAAAGUCCGGAUACAGAAUGCUUCUCACGCGUAGUUUAG